UCGGAGCGUCGGGAGGAGCGCGCGCCCACAGCCGCUCGGCCGGCCCGGAAUGCUCCGAUUCUGAGCAGUCCGCCGCAGCGAUCACCAUGGCUGGAGCGAGGAGGGCGGCCAGCCGCUGCCUGCUGCCCGCCGCGCUGGUUCUGUUCGCGCUCCUGACAUCCUCCGACGCGGCGGCAUGCAAGGGCUGCGUGGUGCAGAACUGCAUCUGCGAGGGGGAGAAGGGCUAUGUGGGCAACCCGGGCAUCCCUGGCCUGCAGGGCUCGCAGGGCUUUCCGGGCGACAUAGGCGUGGAGGGCCCUCCCGGCCCGUCCGGGAUGAAGGGCUCGCGGGGCGACGAGGGAGCCCAGGGCACCAAGGGCGACCGAGGCAAGCCGGGAGUGGUCGGCUUCCCCGGAGCGCCCGGCAUCUUGGGUCUUCCCGGAGACGUCGGCAGCCGCGGAGCCCUCGGCUUCCCGGGCUGUAACGGCACGGACGGCCAGCCGGGCCUGCCGGGUCUGCCUGGUCUGAGCGGACCCCGCGGUCAGCCAGGCCCGGACGGUCUGCCGGGCCCAAGAGGUGACCCGGGAGACGGCGGGGUGAACUCAGUGGGGGUGAAGGGAGACGCCGGGUCCACCGGUCGGCCCGGCAUCGACGGCCUGCCUGGUCUGCCGGGACCGAAGGGAUACUUCGGAUACCCCGGCGAUCAGGGGGAGAGGGGCUUCCCGGGCCCGCUGGGCCUCCCCGGCCCUAAGGGUGAGAGAGGUAAUGAGAAGCGGGGUCCUCCAGGCCCCAAGGGUCAGCAAGGAGAGCCCGGACCCCCGGGACCCGGUUACAAUGACAACACAUUGGUCUCGCCGGAGGAGGCGUACGCUGGGGGUCCACCCGGCUAUAUCGGAGCCAGGGGACAGCCGGGUGAAAAGGGCCCGGACGGCCCGCCGGGCCUGGACGGAGCUCGGGGCCUGCAGGGCCCUCCCGGCAACAAGGGAGUGCGAGGAAUUCCCGGCGAUAUCGGACGGCCCGGCAAGCAAGGCCGCACCGGUCAGGCCGGCCCGUACGGAGAAAAGGGCUUCAAGGGUGCUCCCGGCUACCAGGGUCGGGACGGCGCGCCGGGGUUGGACGGGCCGCUCGGCGAGCCCGGCCAGCCCGGCCAGCCGGGACCCCAGGGACGGAUCGGACCCAAGGGCGAAUACGACCCGGUCAUCGCCCAGUCGAUGAAGGGCUCCCGCGGCGGUCAGGGCGACCCCGGUCUGGUGGGUCCUAAGGGUGACCCGGGUCUGCCGGGUCGGCCCGGUCUGCUCGGUCAGCCGGGCUACUCGGGCGCGCCGGGCCCGGACGGACCGCCCGGCCGGCGCGGCCGGCCCGGCCUGGUCAUCCCCGGCGAGCCGGGCGAGGACGGCCUGUCGGGCCCGCCGGGCCCGGCCGGACCCACCGGGCCGCUCGGAGAGGCCGGCUUCCCGGGCCAGCCCGGCUCGCCCGGUGAGACGGUGGUCGGCCCGAUGGGACGGGACGGCAUCCCCGGCCGGCCGGCGCUGGACGGACUUCCCGGAGACAGAGGAGAUCCCGGAUUCCCAGGUCGGAAGGGCCAGCCGGGUAUCGGAGUGGCCAAGACUGGACCGAAAGGCGAGCCUGGUCGGCCCGGAGUGCCCGGAAUUCCGGGACAGCCCGGACUAGACGGCAACCCCGGACUGCCCGGACUGAAAGGAUUGCCCGGAGACGACUGUCUGCCGCAGACCUUCUCGCCGUGUCGGAAGGGUGACAUGGGCGACCGCGGUCGGCCGGGUCUGGUCGGCGUCCAGGGCCCGCUGGGACCCGUGGGCCCGCCUGGUCUGCCCGGCAGACCCGGUCUGGCCGGCCUGCAGGGAUUCCCGGGUUUGGAUGGUCUGCCCGGUGCAGCAGGCCUGGCCGGUCGGCCCGGAGCGCCGGGAGCGUCGGGUCGGGUCAUCUACCCGCCGAGCGGGGCUCUGAAGGGUCAGAAGGGCGAGGCUGGCCGGCCCGGCGAUGAUGGUCUGCCCGGGACGGAAGGUCGCCCGGGACCGGAGGGGACCCCGGGACUGCCCGGCUUCGACGGACUCAAAGGAUUCCCGGGUGAAUACGGUGACCAGGGCCCCGCCGGUCGAGACGGGCUGGACGGCGCGCCCGGACGGCCAGGACUGGACGCCGACGAGAGUCUGCUGCCCUCGCUCAAGGGCGACAAGGGCUUCGAGGGAUUCAGAGGAGCGAUCGGAGAGAGCGGCGAGCCGGGACCACCAGGAGAGCCGGGAGAUGUGAACCAGAACCUGGUGCUUGGCGACUCGGGACCGCCCGGAGACACCGGACUGCAGGGUCUGCCCGGUCUGCCGGGUCUCAAGGGAUUCGAGGGCGAGCCUGGCGUGCCUGGUCAGCGAGGGAUGCCCGGCUUCCCGGGCAGCUCACAGCGCGGUGAACAGGGCAUCAAGGGCUAUCCGGGCAUGCCCGGAGACCGGGGCCCUGCCGGAGCUCCCGGCCUGCCAGGGGCGCCCGGACUCGAUGGGUUGCGGGGCCUGGACGGCAGGAAGGGAGCGCAGGGUGACGACGGCCGGCCGAUCCUUCCCGGCCGUCCCGGCGAGCCCGGUCUGCCCGGUCUGCCCGGAGAGCCCGGUCUGCGGGGUCUGGACGGUCUGCCGGGCCCGCCGGGACCGCGCGGGCCCACCGGUCAGGACGGAGAGAAGGGAGCGCCCGGCUUCAGCGGGCGGCCCGGCCGACCGGGACCGCGUGGCCCGCCCGGAGACAGCGUGCCCGGUCGGCCCGGCUUCCCCGGCCUCAAGGGCGAACGGGGCCUGCCGGGCAUGUUCGGCUCCCCCGGCCUCCCCGGCAAUGACGGCGUGCCCGGCGGCCCCGGCAUGAAGGGUCUGCCAGGAGACUUUGGCCUGGACGGGCUGCGCGGAAUGGACGGGGAGCCGGGCAGGUUUGGACAACCGGGCCGGCCCGGAACGCCCGGAAGGCCCGGCCUCGACGGAUUCAAGGGAGAGAGAGGAGACGAUAUUUUGCAGCCAGGUCCUGCCGGAGAGAAGGGUGCCGACGGCCGACCCGGCUACCCAGGACCUCCCGGCGACCGCGGAGAGGAGGGCAAGGCCGGUGCGCCCGGCCCGGACGGCCUGCCCGGCGAGCAGGGCCGGCGCGGCGACUACGGUCCGCCGGGCGUGGCCGGGCCGCCGGGAGACGACUCGCCGCGCGGUCUGAAGGGUGACGCCGGUCCGCCGGGCCUGGACGGCCUGCCCGGCCGGCCGGGGCUCACAGGGCCGGUCGGCGACCCCGGCCAGCGCGGCGAGCCCGGAGAGGGCGUGCCAGGUCUGCCCGGAGAGGCCGGCCAGCCCGGCGACCAGGGCCGGCCCGGAGGAUUUGGAGCGCCUGGACUGCCGGGCGAGCCGGGAGACUACGGACUGCCCGGCCCGAAGGGGUCGCUGGGGGAGGUCGGAUUCCCCGGCCAGCCAGGCAGGGCCGGUCGGCCUGGCCUCGACGGCUUCAAGGGAGAGCGGGGAGACGCUGGCGACUUCGGCGCCGACGGUGCCGUCGGCCUGCCCGGCAUGAGCGGAGAACCGGGAAGGAUGGGACGCAUGGGAAUGCCUGGUGAGCCCGGUCCGGUUGGUGCCAUCGGUCCGACCGGUACACCGGGCCGGCCGGGAUCAGUCGGGGACCUGGGCGCUCCCGGCUUCCCGGGCCUGGCCGGCUUCCAGGGCGACCAGGGUCCGCCGGGCCCCGCCGGCGGUGUAGGUCAGAGCGGACCGCCGGGCUCCGCCGGGCCGGCCGGACUGCCCGGCGCCAUCGGCGAGCCCGGCGCGUCCGGACCGGAGGGCAGCCCCGGCCUGCCGGGCGCGCCCGGAAUGCCCGGAGACCCGGGCCCGGCCGGACCGCGCGGAGCGAUCGUGGCUGGCGAGCGCGGGGAGCAGGGUCGAGCCGGCAUUGACGGCGGUCCCGGCGUGCCCGGCGGUCCGGGCCAGAAGGGGGCGCCGGGCGAGUACGGUCCGUCCGGGCUGCCGGGCAGGGACGGACCGCCCGGCGGCACGGUGCCCGGUCAGAAGGGCGGGCCGGGCAGUCCCGGACAGCCCGGCCUGCAGGGCCGCCGCGGACUGGACGGCCUGCCCGGAGAGCCCGGCAAGGCUGGAGCCGACGGGCUCCCGGGCCUGCCCGGAGACGACGGAUACGACGGCUUCCCCGGAGCAGUGGGUCUGCGCGGUGACCGUGGCCGGCCCGGUCCGUCGGGUCGCGAUGGUCUGCCCGGAGACAAGGGAGAGCGCGGGCUGGCCGGCCGGCCUGGUCUGGACGGUUUGCCAGGGCUGGACGGCCUGUCCGGCUUCCCUGGCCAGGCCGGUCCGCCGGGCUUCGCCGGACAGCCGGGACCGAAGGGUCUGCCCGGUGACCUGGCCUCGUUCGGCCUGAAGGGUCUGCCGGGCGAUCCCGGCCCCCCUGGCCUCGCCGGCUUCCGCGGCAGCCCGGGACGCAUGGGCAAACCGGGCCCGGACGGCUUCCCUGGCUUGGACGGAGACGCGGGCCGCGACGGCGCCAGGGGCCGGCCGGGCCUGCCCGGCGCCAAGGGCAUGAUGGGGGUGCAGGGCCUGGACGGCUUCCCGGGUCCAUCGGGACGCGUGGGCCGGCCGGGCCUGCCGGGAGAGCCGGCGCGCGCCGGGCCCCCGCCGCGGCCGCGUGGCUUCCACUUCACCCGGCACAGCCAGACGACGUCGCUGCCGCGCUGUCCGCCCGGCUCAGUCCGACUCUGGGACGGCUUCUCGCUGCUGCAUGUCACCGGAAACUCCAAGGCCCACGGCGCCGACCUCGGCACACCUGGCUCGUGCAUGCGCAAGUUCUCCACGAUGCCAUACCUGUUCUGCAACAUCAACAACCAGUGCGAGUACGCCCAGCGCAACGACUACAGCUACUGGCUGAGCACGCCGGAGCCCAUGCCCAUGAUGAUGACGCCCAUCCGAGGUCGAGACAUCCAGUCCUACAUCUCCAGGUGCUCGGUGUGCGAGUCACAGACCAUGGUGAUCGCCAUCCAUAGUCAGAGCAUGGAUGUCCCCGAGUGUCCAGAGGAAUGGGAGAGCAUGUGGAUCGGAUACUCGUUCCUUAUGCACACUGACGCCGGGGCCGAGGGCGGCGGCCAGUCACUGGUCUCCCCGGGCUCCUGUCUGGAGGACUUCCGACCGACUCCGUUCAUCGAGUGUCACGGCCACGGCCGGUGCAACUACUUCACCACCGCCUUCUCCUACUGGCUGGCGACCGUCGACGACUUCCAGCAGUUCCGCAAGCCCGAACAGCAGACGCUCAAGGCCGGUAACCUGCGCUCCCGGGUGUCGCGGUGUGCCGUGUGCCGUCGCCGGCAGCCGCCGGACAGCCGCCAGCCGCCGCCGGACAGCCGUCAGCCGCCCUUCGUGUUCCCAGGAGCCGUGUAAGCGGUGGCGCGCUGGUCCCGCCGCCGACCAACGCUUCAGCUUGUUGUGAUAUAAUCCGAGCGAACGCGCCCGGCGGCGCAGGGUCGCUAACGUCAGCGGUGAUCGAGAAACGAUGUCAAAGUUGGGCAAGGAACAGAUGUGACGGUGUCGAGCUCUGGCCGGCGCCGCGACCGGAGCGACUCUUCGGCGCCGUGUGGGAUGGGUGAUGUUCGCUGAUGUUCGCUGAUGUUUGCUGCUGUCAGAGAGGCGCGUUCGUCGCCUGCUGUCACUGCCGCCGCCGGCCCGGACGCGAGACUGUUCCGACCUCAGAGUAGAGCCAUGUCGUUGCCGUUUGCCGGACUAGCUACCACUGCCACAGAGAGACCGUUCAUUGUUGGUCCGUUCGCGUACCGCGGGCCGUCGGAAACCGUCGUCGGAAGCUGAGAGAAUGUCGUGCGAUGUCAGGUCGGCUUGACGGGCGAGUCACUCGCCCGCGGCCUCGCUGAAUCCAAUUGGUGCUCGUCUAGUCUUGGUGGAUACUGUGCUACUCAUAAGGUGAACUCCAUGUGAGCCAAGACGCGACGUAGGAAGUGUAGAGCUUAUGCUAUGCUGUAAGGAGACUAGCAUGUUCAGAUCGGUCGGAUAUCCUAAUACAACGAACGGCUUACA